GUAUUAGUCAGGCCUUUGACUCGCUGUCAUGAGAGCUAGGCUGGUCUGAUCACACUGGGCUGUCUCAUGACUUUCCAGCAGUUUUUACAAAUUACGACUGUCGCUCCCGUGCGCUCAGACCACGCAGCGUCUGUUCGAGACUUCGAAUCUUUCAGGUAUAGAACAACAGUCCCGAGAGCGCACGGGGUCUGUCAAAGUCAGAUACAGGACUUCAACCCCGGACAAUGUCAACAAGAGACUUGGUGGAAGUGACUGUGAGCUGACCCGUAGUUCCGCUCAGCAGAAAGCGAUCCAUGGAUUUCCAGAAGCUUUGCUCUUUUGAAACUUUUACACAGAUCUGGGAUCACUACGGUUAUGGGGGGAACUUGGAUGAGGUGACAGAGCAGGAGUUCAAAAGGAUCAAAGGUAAUGAGUGUGAUUUGUCCUGAGCUGUCGUGACAGGCUGCUCGUCGCUGUGAGAUGACUCACUGCUUACAUAGCUGCUUUGUAAUUGUAAACAGGAACAACAUAUCUGGACCAUGCAGCGACCACUAUGUACCCGGAGUCUCUCAUCAGAGACUAUUUCCAGGACAUAUCAAGGAAUGUAUACGGUGAGAUAUGUCACAUAAAAAGCCCCGAGUGUUUUUGUUUAUCUGUCUAUUAAGUAAUUAAUGUAUUAAACCAUUAAAGGGUUGUUAUUUGUCCCAUUAGGAAACCCUCACAGCCAUAACCCCAGUGGUAGAUUGACACAUGACACCGUGGAGAGGGUCAGAUACAGGUAAAGACUAUCUUAAGCCUUCAUAAAGGGGCCCAUGUGAUUCCUCUCAGCAGUACUUGGUUGGAUCAAAUUAGUCAAAAAAGGCACAUUUUCUUACAGAGUAUUGCAGCAUUUCAACGUGACCCCUGAGGAGUACUCUGUGAUUUUCACUUCGGGUUGUACCGCAGCACUGAAAUUAGUGGCUGAGAGCUUUCCUUGGAGGCCGAAGACUGAGGAGGGAAAGGGGAGUCUUUUCUGCUACCUCACUGACAGCCAUACUUCAGUAGUAGGCAUUAGAGGAUUGACUUCUGGCCGGGGGGUUGUUACGUUGCCCGUCUUUCCACAGGAAGUGGAAAACAAGGCAAAGGCUGCAGCCCAAGGUGAAGAUGUUGUAUGCCAGGUAGCGCACCUUUUUUGCUACCCGGCACAGAGCAACUUCUCUGGACUGAAGUAUCCACUGAGCCAUGUGAAAGGCAUGCAGGCGAGACACCUUUACCCGGCAUGUGAGCACCCAGGCCGCUGGUAUGUGCUGCUGGAUGCAGCCUCUCACGUCAGCUGUUCCCCUCUAAACCUGCGGGACUGCCCUGCUGAUUUCAUUCCCAUCUCCUUCUACAAGAUGUUUGGCUUCCCUACAGGUCUGGGGGCCCUUCUUGUCCACAGAAACGCAGCGGGCAUGCUAAGGAAGUCUUAUUUUGGGGGAGGCACAGCAGCAGCGUACCUUUCUGGAGAAGAUUAUUAUGUGCCUGCUUUAAACAUUUCUGACAGGUAGUGUAUGUCUGUCUUACUCUGGGUUCCUGGGUUUUUCAUUCAACCUCAUACUUGUUGUACUGCUUUUGUAUCCCUCUUUAUAAAUACUGUUUUUUGUUGUUGUUGUUGUUGUUGUUCCCUGAUAAAGAUUUGAGGAUGGGACUGUCUCUUUCUUGGACAUUAUUGCUGUAAAUCAUGGUUUUGAUGCUCUGAACAGGAUCACAGGUACUGUUACAACAAAGCAUGCUGCUCCAUCAGAAACAUGAAAACAUUGAUUUGAUAGAUGAUUAAUGAGCAUGUGGAAGUUGUUGAUAUAGAUAAUCGUCUGUGAGUGAACAUCAAUAUCAUACAUGUUUACACUCCUCUCUGCCUUCAGGGGGCAUACAUAACAUCCAGCAGCAUACAUUUGGUCUGGCACGCUACACUUACAUUCUGCUGUCAAGUCUUUGCCAUGGCAACGGGAGACCAGUGGCUCAGAUGUAUACUGAAGGCCAGUUUGAGAGUCCUAGCACACAGGGUGCAAUCCUAAACUUCAACCUGAUGGAUUCUCACGGACAGAUAAUUGGAUACUCACGGGUGCAUUUAACAAAUAGAAGGAUUUCUAUUAGGCAGCUGUUUAAUUAGAGCGUGUCUAUGUGUAGGCAGUGCUUGUGAAUAUUAAAUCAGUUCCUCUUUCCCCUCAGGUGGACAGAAUGGCGAGUCUUUACAACAUUCAUGUGAGAACAGGCUGCUUCUGUAACACCGGGGCCUGUCAGUCCUUCCUCAGGAUCUCCAGUCAGCAGAUGAGGAGAAACCUGCAGGUAAGAGAUCACGGGAUAGGAAACACUUUAGAGUCUGUACGCGCCUGCUGAAUAACAACAUUGUCUUCUUCUACUGGAGGCUGGCCAUGUCUGCGGAGACAACAUCGACCUAGUGGAUGGUCAACCAACCGGAUCUGUUCGUGUGUCCUUUGGCUACAUGUCAACAUUUAAAGACUGUCAAAAGUUUCUGCACUUUGUUGCCGAAUGUUUCGUGGAGAAACCGGUCACAGUGGACCAAGAAAGACUAGAGAGGCUUAAAACUGGAACAGCAGCACCUGAAUGCCCCUAUCACGAUCAUCCAGUUAAAAUUUCCAACGGGAAAACGUAUGAAACCGAUGGGAGGAAGGAACCCAAUGAAGCAUCAAUGAGGGGGCUUCAGAACAGAGAGUCUAACAGUAAUGCAGCACGAACUCUUUCCAACAUCUACAUCUAUCCCAUCAAAUCAUGUGGAGCAUAUGAGGUUUGUUGAUUACCCACAUUUUUCUUCCCCUCGUGUUUUCUGCCUCAACCAUUUUCUCCCUCCUCUCUGCUGUGAUUUCAUUUGUGUUGUCCUCUAUGCAGGUCCACGACUGGCCGUUAGGACCACUGGGUUUACUGUAUGACAGAGGCUGGAUGGUGGUGAAUGAAAACAGUGUGUGUCUGAGUCAGAAGAGAGAGCAGCGUUUAUGUCUCAUUCACCCACAAGUUCACCUGCCCUCAAACAAAUUGCUCCUGCAAGCAUCAGGUCAGACAAUUUGCCAGCAGCUCACUGAGAAUAAACACUCCGCUUAACCCAUAGAAAUGCCCAUCAGCUGGAUUUCUGCUGUAAAUCCUCUUGGUUACAAGGUUUUUGUGUUUGUUUCAUUGCCCUGCAGGGAUGGAUACAAUUGCAGUUCCCUUGGAAAUAAACAGUCAAACUCACACGAGCGAUCAAGUGUGUCAGAGUAAAGUUUGUGGUGACAGGUGAGCUGGCAACACAAAACAACGAGACUGAGAGCAGCAGCUAGACACACUAUGACACAUGUCAUUUGUUACCCUUUUUUAGUCGUAUCACUGCAGUGUCUCACUGUGUUGUUGUUGACAGCAUCCUUUUACAGUGGAUAGCAUUAAAAAGCUCCCUACUCUGCAUUAUUAGAAUUUCCUCCUUUUUACCAUUUUCAUCGGAAAACAAUGAGCUGAGGGGAUAUCUCCUUGUGUAAACGGAUGAUAAGACAAAAGUUUAAGAACAGAUUUUCAUGCAGUGAUUCUUAAAUAAGUUAUUGCACCAGAUACUAAGUAGCAUCAACCUCUGUAGAUUUCCCUCGGGGCCCCCUGAACAUAAUCCCCUCCUUCCCUCAGGGUGGAGACUGUCGACUGUGGAGAUGAGGCUGCAUCAUGGCUCUCAGACUUCCUUGGACAGCCAUGCCGCCUGAUAAGACUGAGUCCUGAUUUUACCCGACAAAUGAAGAGGAGGAAAGAAGGUAUCUGCAUAACCAUUACUCUGUUACAAAAUGCAUGAGCCAUGCAGGGUUUCCCUUUCUAUGAAUACUGUGGUUAUCACAACUAUGACUGCAUAGCCCUCUUCUGAGGGCUUGCAAUUCAGGAAGUGUUUGUCUUUAACUUGAAGGUUUCUCUAUUCAUAAGUACAAUUCAGACAAGAAAAUGUAAAACUCAGGAAAGACAUGUGGAAUGUAGGCAAUGCAUGUGGGUGGAAAGAUUGUGAGUUCUUAGAUUAAUUAAGAUGCCAAAAAAGAAGAUUCACACAGGAUUAGGUCCAGGACCUAAAGCCAGCUACUGUGAGUACAAGUCUGUUUAAAGGUACAAGCAAACAGACAGCCGAAAGAGAGAGGGUGAAACUCAUUAAUUUAAGAAAUGUUUUAACCAGUAGAAAAUCACUAGGCAAUUGAUUGACUGUUAAAGGGAUAUUCCGACAUAAAUUUAAUUUAUGGUCAAACACACCAUAACACUGAGUUAGACACCCCCUCGAGAAAUGAAUGUUGCUGACUGCUUGCUUCUCUAGUUAUACCAACUUCAGCACCGACUGGACGAUAGCAAUACACAGUGGUCUACGUCUCCACGCGCAAACCUUAACCAAAAAGCCACUCUAUAGCUACAACUAAUGCUCAGAACAGCACCUAACUUCAAAAGAACAUAUUAGGUCCCAGCCAUAGCACGAGCCAUCAAACAUCUUUUUAGCUUUGCCUGAUGUCUUUAACAAAGAGACUAAACACAACUCACCCACUCUCCUCCAGCAGCCGCUUGUUUGUGGGCGUGUCGAUCACCGAGUGCAGCGGAUUAUUUCCAUGAAUGAUCAUCAUAAUAAUCAUUUUGCACUGCAGUAGUUUUUCUGCCUUCUGAUUGCAUUUUCAUUAAGUAAUAAUCAUAAAUGUUCUUGCUUGAGCUGGGAAACUCUGCUGCACUCAGUGAUUGACUCAUGAGGGUUCCCCCCUGAGGUUUGUGUGUGGAGACGUAGACACUGUGUAUUGCUGUUGUGUGGUUGUUGCUGAAGUUGGUGUAACUAGAAGGCUAGCGGUUGGCAACAAUCACCUCUUGAAGGGGUGCCUAACUUGGUGUUGCUGUGUGUUUGACCAUGACUUAAACUUAAACCAGAAUAUCCCUUUUAAAAAACCCAAAAGCGAUUGAUAAAAAAAUGUACUGUAAAGAUUAUUUUCUCCAACCGUGCUGAAACUGAACCUAACUGAAACACAGACCGUCAAUCAAUUUGGAACAGUAUUAACCUUAAAACUUGAUAGUAUCCAGUUUUUAAUACUAAAUUUGAAAUAAACACAAGGUACAUGUGCUUUAAGUUUGCUCACCCUAACUUUGAUGCCUCACCAAUAAGUCCCUUUAUCUACUAUAUGGCCCCAAAUCCCCCCAACAUCCAAGCCCAAAGAUAGAUGGUCAGUAAGAGUAAGCACAUCACUGCAGUGGUCCAAUGGACACUUUCUUUCACCCUGUCACCUCAGAAAGGCUCAUCAGUUAUCUCUGCAUCCUGCAAUCACCUAUCUCUAUGCAAGCCCUCACCUCCCGUCACAUCCACAUACCAACAUCAAGACGUCAGGAGAAGAAAAGAGCAGAGCAGAGAGAAAUGUUAGAAAGAGGACGGGGUUAGCAGAUCUUGAGAGAGCACUCUGUCUGGGUUAGAGCUCCCCCCCUGCUGGGUCAGGCUGUGUGCAUCUACCUCCUGCACCUCCUCUAUUUGAUUGAAGAAGAGAAGAGAGAAAGACAGAGACAAACCUUUUUCUCUUACUUUUCUUUUGGCCUCCAACUGACAAUAUUCCUACUAAUCAUCAUAUUUGGACCUUAGUCAGGGUUUUUUCUGAAGAAUUCAUCUGAAAAGGCUGAGAGGCGAUGAAAGAGUGUUACAUAGCAUCCCAGAAAACAUAAUUCUUCAGGAACAGACCAACUGAUCAGGCAGAGGAUUAAUUAGGCCAGUUAUUGGCUUUCAUAUCUGCAUCUGCCCUCACAAGGCCGAUAUCACCACCAUCUUUUCUCAGUGAUGACGCAUCUUUCCCAUCAUCUAAAACAGUCAUUAACCAGUGUUGUAAUAUCAUGUUGUAUAAUUAUAUUUAGUAUUAAAAGCAAUAUUGGCCAUGUUUUAGCAAUCUACUUAAUGACCCAAUACGUGUAUCUGAAUUAAUGAAGUAUAAAUCCAUCGAAACACAUAUUGCUGGCAAAGAUAACAACCAACAAAAAGAAAAUUUUGCAGUCCUUUGCAGCGUUGUGCUCACCUCACACAUUUGAAGCUACCUGACUGACCACAGCCCACAUCAUUACAUUUGUAGGCAGGUUUGCCAUGAAAUGUAUUCAGUUUCCAAAGGCAUGUGAAGGCAACGCUGAUGAUAUUCGCAAGGUUAAUCUCUCGACCUUCGGGAAGCUUCUUCCUGACUGUGAGCAGCGCUUUUUCCGACAAUAACACAAAGCCUUGUGUGCAUGUGUUCGUUUAAGUCCUAUUAUCUGUCAAUGCUGCAUCAAUAGAUAGCUCUCCAUCUUUGCUCAGCGGAGGUUUAACAGGUUUAGUUUAGGGUUUCCUCAUUAGUGUGAUGAAUGUCUGAUUUGUUCACAGGACAAACCAACUUUUUUUUGACAAAUUAUUCAGUUUCUAGAUUACACCCACAGAAAAUAUGUGGAAUGACAAAUGUGUGCCUUGUCAUGCUCUGUUAAUUAACUGUUGGAGAACCUUUGAUAUUUUGACACUAUCUCUCUCUCUCACACAUAGAGCUGUCACUGUUGUCACUGAAUAAUAGAUGUUCAGGUUUACACUAAAAGACCGUUUUACAGACCUAUUGUAGCUGAUAAGGUUUAGAUUGAUAUUCAAAUCAAAAAUCAUACACACAGGUGUAAAAGAUUUCCUCCUAUUGUCUUCUCCUCAUUGUGCUGUGCUUAUUGUAAUGUGAGUGCUCAUUUUGAUCUGUGCUGAUAAAUGUUUAGCUCCGUGGUGCAGCUGAAUGUUUUUUCUCAAAUGGCAGAAUUUACUGGCUUGAUAGAAAAUCUUUCCAUUCUAGCUGCCACCUCCUCGUCCCUCUCUCUGGUGAAUGAGGCUCAGUAUCUCAUGAUCAACCGUGCCAGUGUGGAGCUCAUUCAGAAGCUAAUGAGCAGCAGGUUUGAACACAUGGAGUGUUAUUAAAAAUAUGAGAUGCCCCAGUGAAAACCAUCAGGAUGUAACAAGGCUUGUACAUUUACAUUACAGUGGGUGAUUUACAAAGUGGGGCAGAAUAACAUGCAAUUUUCCCACAUCCCCUUUCUCAGGCAGGAUGACUUGGAGCUCCUUGACACACAGAAUGUCAUUAGCCGCUUCCGAGCCAAUUUAGUCAUAGCUGGAGAAGAACCAUUUGAGGAGGAUAAUUGGUCACACUUGAUUAUUGGCAACACUCAAUUUGUGGUGAGCUGACACCGUAAGAUAAAUGGUGAAAUCUUCAGAUGGAUUCCUUGAAAUCAAAUGUGCUCCCUCUGUGAUCAACUCAAAGGUCACAGGUCAGUGUGGAAGGUGCCAGAUGGUUGGAGUGGACCAGGAAACUGGGACCAGAACAAAAGAACCCCUGAUGUCCCUCUCAGCCUAUCGCAGUGGGAAGGUCGGUCAGAAACAAUUAGUGCAUCUUCAUGAAGAUUGUGUCUACGAUAGUGUGUCAGCAGCUGUGGAUUGAUGAAGUGCACAUGCAUGAAAAGACUAAUCACUUUGUCAUUUGAUGAAUUUGCAGGUGACCUUUGGGGUGUACCUGACCCAGCAGCUACCUGAGGGCUCCUCUGCACCACAUGUCCUUUCUGCUGGUGCUCUUGUACAUCCAAAGCAGGAAAGCUCCUGAAGUGGCCCUUCGUGACAUUAUCUGUCUUAACCAUUGACUGUAUUCAGGGUGAAUAACAUGCUUCAUGGUAAAGCCAAAACACCACCUCGAUAGGCACUGACAUAUUAUUGCACUGGUGCAGCUGAGGCAUGUGCAGGAGAAACCGGGCUGAUAGAGCCAUAGGACUGGACUGAUGUUGCAGCCUUUUGGCUGAUGAGGACACAUAUUUAACCUACUGAUAAAGCACUGCAGCUCCCUCAGGUCCAGAGAGAACAGACUCUCCUGCUGACCUAAGGUGCAUAGAGAAACUAAAAUGACUCAUGUGUUUGGGUUUUUAAGUUUUCUCUUACCAUUCCUCCUCUAUUAAUUUGGUACAGAGUGCUACAGGAGCCCCCCCAUUUUUACCAGGGCUGUCAGAUAAUAUUUUUUUUAAAUAAAAAUCAAAUAAAUAAUAAAACCUUGUGAUGAGCGUGAAUCUACUAUAAUGACAGAAACCAUGAAAAAAUUGUAUUUUUAGUGCAUUUGGAGUUUGUAGUUUGACCUAUGUACAAUCUGCACUGAUAAAGAGAACAUGAUUUGUGAGCUUCUCUGCAGGAAGGUCUUUUUUUAAAAUACAUUCCUACAUGCAUACAGUGAUAUGAUCUCACAGUAACUGUCCUUUAUUUUGGUUACCCCGUGUCAUGAAAAAAAGGAGAGGCGAAGAACAAUUAGUAGACGGCUAGCAAGCUUGCUGGAGCAGCCUUCUGAGGGAUGAUUCAACACUUUUGACAUUAAGAAUGUUUUGCAAAGUUAACCCAAGUCAUAGGUGAUUUUACUGGACUGCUGUCUUUAUCCCAGUUUUGAAGCACUGGGCAAGAAACUACUAACACAAGCAUGUCCAUCUCUGCUGCAGUGAGUGGCAACUUUCCCUCUGUCAGCUAGUUACAGUUGGUAAAUAACAUUAGCAAGAGGCUGAUGGGACUGUAUCGUUUGUUAGGAAAGUUUUAUCUUUAAUGUCCUUUCUCCAACUCUUGAGGUUUCUUUUACUAACCGCCUACAUUGAGAUGCAUUCAUGCCAUUCAACCUCCAGCUCAUGUGUGCGAACAUUGGAGCAUGCUCAGAACGAUUUGGCCACCUUCAGCUCAAUUUAGCUUUAUUCAUGCCAGAGAAAAUCGAUCCCCAAUUGAAUUAUCCAACUUUGAGAAGUUUGAGUCAGUGUGAUUUCAAUCAGACUAAUGUGUUUACAUGAUCUUUUAAGUCCAGUCUCAGUUGGAAUGAGGCAAUAAAUAUUUUUAACUGCAUGUAAAAAUACUGACUGGUGUUUAACAUUCACUAUGAAUCUAUAAACAACUUGCAUCUCUUUAGGUUCCCUAAUCAGCCUGAACAUUUGUACCUUUUAAAUAUUCUUUUAACUGGUUUUAUUUAGUUAAGUUACACAUGAUCUACCAGUUUUAGUAAACUUCAAAAUAAAAGCAUAAUUUGACAAUACAGGAAACAAGGCACCCUAAAUGUAUGACAGAAGAGCAUGACAACCUAAGAUUUAAUGAGGUCAUGUCUUUUCUGGGGUGAAUGUGUUUACUAGCUAAAUGUAUGAAAUAAUGUGUUGCUUUGCCCUCAUCUUGUCUUUCCUCAAUUUGAUAGAGUUUUUGUUUAUUUUUUUUCAAGUGUUCUAUAAAGUAAUGCAAUAAUAUCGUGAUCAUGAUUAUCAUGAGGUCAAAGAUUAUAUUGUGAUAUCCCUAACAGCAGGCAGUCAGUAGGGGGAGCUCUUAGUGUUGUGGCUUCACAGUCAUUGAACAUUUAUUACAUUCAUUUUAAUAAGAUACAGUCUGUGGUACUGAAGUCAUCCUGCUCUGCAUGUGUCAGACACCACCUGCCAAACACAGAGGAUUUUUUUAUAGUUUCUGGUUUCUCUUUUUCUGUGCGGCCCUGGCUGCUUUUGCCCUCUUAAGUGUCCUUGUCAUUUCAGAGAACUCGGUUUUUAAUCUGUUUGAGUCCGUUUUGAUUGAAAACGAAUGGGAUUUGGUCCCCCCCCAAGUGGCUAGACUCCUGGAAAAUAUGCAAUUAAGUAGAUGUGACACAUUCAACAACAUCAUAAUUUGAAUGUGUUACAUUUGCUCCAAAACGUGUCUGCCUUUGAGCAACAAUCAUGUCCAUGUUAACCUUCCUGACACUUUAUGCUAUGUCUGUACCCAUGGAGGAUUACACAGCUAUUUUUUAAACAUUCCAACACUGCCACUGCUACCACAAAUCUGAACCAUAUUGCUAACGGCAAUGAAAAAACACACCAGACGCUUAGUGCUCAGUAUGCUGCCAGCAUGUUGCAGACAACAGAUUUUAUACCAGAAGGUAAUAAUUUGAUGUUUCCCCUGUAAAUUUAAGGUUAAAUCACAGUGACAUGAUUGUAAACAACGCACAUUUGUGCACAACUGAUCUGUAAAGGUGCUGCAGUAGAAUUGCCUCAGCAAAUUGCUUAGUAAUGGAGGUGUGGAGGCUGCUGGGGCUGCUCUGUGCUCAAAUGUUUUGCACUUUUAUAGCUAUAUGUUUGCCCAGGCUGCCUUUUUAAUGUGCAUAUGAGCUAAAUGAUUGUACAGACUGAAUAGAAUUGGGGAUGAUGUUUUCUAAUCAAAGGAUGAGCUCAAUGCUAAGAUUACUGAUAAAGAGAAGCAAACUAACUAUAGUCUACAGGGGCAUACUCAGUCUGUAUAGGGGCAUGGGCAAAAAAUUAUGAAAAGGGCACCUGCUGUAAUUCAUUGAGCACCAGGGCACAAAAUGUCGUUUUAAACAAAGAUCUGUCUCUAGCAGCGUUUUGUUGUUUCUAUAGUUUUCUGCCUUGGCAUUUCUUAAUCAUUAGGUUGAAACAGCCUAGCCACAGUUGGUCAGUCAACAGGGUGGGCUAAUACAGAUUUUGGGUGGGUAACCUAUAUAGCAGAUAGCCUUAAGGUUAUGAAGAUGGAAAUAUUUUUCAAAUCUCUAAAACGCAGAGUCAAUUCAAAGGAGUUGAGGCAUAAAUAACAAAACAGGGAUACCAUACCAGGAGCUCAAAAAUUGAAAAACAACACUUAUCCAGUAGGUGUCACUCUUGGGCUCUUCACCUCAACGCACUUCAACUUUCACCGAAUGCAGCAAGACGAGGGUGUGCAUCUGUUUUGACCACAGAGAGAUACCAUACUAACUCAGGUGAAGUGUGAAUCUGUGAAUAAAAGUUUACAUUGAA